CGGAGUAGUUAUCCGUUUGAACUGACAGUCUUUCGAUACCGAGAACUCUCGAUAAACAGAUCCAAUAUACGCUUCAAGCGAUUCUGUGUCACCAAAAUGAUCCUGAACAGAAUCGCAUCAAUAUACCGGGUUGCAUUGAUGCUGUCAGACAGUCCGACCUCCUUUUCCUUGAUGUCAACAUCCACAUCACGUGAGUACCAGCUGGCUUUGUCUCCCGUCGGGCGUCGAUCGUCUGUUAUUUUUAUUUUUAUCUUUUUAGCUUUUGUUUUGUUUUUAUUUUUCUCAAGCCUCAGGCAGACAAACGGAACAUUAUUGUCAUACCCACGGAGUGCAUAUCGUGCAUAUCGUGCAUAUACCGGACAGAGAACAGGGAUUCGAAUCAAUGAAUCAUUACGAUCAAAGACUCACCACAACAAGAAUUUUGCUCAGAUCGCUCAAAUCGUUUAUGGGGACUUCCUUGCAGACAAAAGGAGUCGGGUUUUCUUAAUUUAAACCCAUUGCCCGUCAUUCGCUAUCACUAUUUGUGAUUUCCAUUGUGGAUCCGUUGCUCAAUCUUGCGUCUAUGAAGACCCAGUGCACCAUCAAUUCUUUAUACAAAUUUGCAGCCGCUGCCUCCUGUGGGCUAAAAGCAUAGCUUUCGUAUCAUUCAUAAUAAAUAACAAAGACAACAGAUGAACC